AUGCCACUACAUACGUCUCUGCCGCUGAUCUCCAAUUCGGGCAACCUGUUAACGCCAGGAAUCACCGCGCAAGAAUAUGCCGACCGCCGAGCCGCCCUUGCGCACUCGAUGGCUGAUGGCGGCAUCGCCAUCCUCCACGCCGCCUCCCUGCAAUACAAGUCUGGCGCAGUUUUCCACCCAUACCGCCAGGAGUCGAACUUUCUCUGGUUAACUGGAUGGAACGAGGGCGAUGCCGUGGCCGUCAUCGAGAAAACGGGCCCUCACCUGGGCGACUACACUUUUCGAAUGUUUGUAAACCCCAAGGAUCCUCGGGACGAGCAAUGGUCAGGUUACAGGAAUGGCGUCCAGGCCGCAGAGGACGUGUUCAAUGCCGACGAGGCAUAUCCAAUUGGAAAUGCUGAAUCGGCACUGUCAAAAUACCUGAAGUCCGCAAAGCUGGUCUACGCGGAUGUUCAGCCUACCAAGGGCUCGGCGGGCAAUUUCCUCUACCGAUACUUCGCGGCGCGAGACUCUGGGCCUACGAAAACACCGCUCUAUCCUGUCAUGAAUAAGCUCCGCGUAAUAAAAAGCCCUGCCGAGGUUGCGAACAUGCGAAAGGCUGGACAGAUAUCCGGGCGGGCGAUUACCGAUGCCAUGAGGCGAGCGUGGACAAAGGAGAAAGACCUACAUGCCUUCCUAGACUACCAAUUCACCAUCAAUGGAUGCGAUGGGCCGGCAUAUAUCCCAGUCAUUGCUGGAGGCGAGCGUGCUAAUUGCAUCCACUACACGGUGAACAACAGCACUUUCAAAGACGGCGAGUUCAUCCUGAUUGAUGCCGGAGGCGAGUAUGGCACCUACAUCACCGACAUUUCGCGAACAUGGCCCGUGAAUGGCAAGUUCACCGCCGCCCAGCGUGAUUUGUACGAAGCAGUUCUCAGGGUACAACGUUCGAGCGUGUCUCUCUGCCGCGCAUCUGCCAAUCUGUCUCUCGAGGACAUACAUGGCGUGACCACCCGCGGACUGGUAGACCAGCUUCAACAGAUUGGUUUUGACGUGAACAUGCGCAACAUUGGCCAGUUGUUCCCCCACCACGUUGGACACUACAUUGGCCUUGAUGUACACGAUUGCCCAGGCUACAGCCGUAGGGAGGUAUUGAAACCGGGCCACUGCGUGACCAUUGAACCCGGUGUCUAUGUGCCUAAUGAUGAUCGGUGGCCAAAGCACUUCCGUGGUAUGGGCGUGAGAAUCGAGGAUAGCGUCUGCGUCGAUGAAGAUUCGCCCUACAUUCUUUCAACGGAAGCUGUAAAGGAAGUCACUGACAUCGAGGCACUCCGGUGA